AUGGAAGCACGGACUUUCAUUCCUCGAACCAACUCCACGCUUCGAGUCACCAGUGGCAUGGCACGAGCAUAGGGAAGUGGUGAGAGCAAGCGAAAACGCGUGAUGAGUGGACGGGCGGUGGAUACCAAUGCCCGGAACAUUUCGAGAUUGAGCUCCUGCAGUUGAAUCAGAUCAAGACCGCAGUUUCAACGACACAUUAGCGCACUGUUAGUUGACGGACGAGGGAGGGAUGUGGAUCACAAAAUUACUGACUGGCACUGCCACUGCGAGUAGCACCGCUGCAUCCACGCAUUUCCCCGUUUAUGAUCUAAUUUGGCUGUCUAGAGGCUGGCUCUGCACUACGUUGACCCUGGAUCGCCGCACUAUCUCGCUUCACGUCGGUGCGCGCUGGUCCUUUGCCCUCUUCGCCUGUACGCUUGUCGCCUUCGUCGUGGAAAGUGAAUUGACUCAGUAUCUCCAAACGAAUUUAGGAUAUAGACAACCUUUCUUCAUAUUUUACCUCGUGCAUUCGACAUUUGCCAUCAUCUUUCCGCUGCACCUGCUGUACCUCAGCUUGACCACGAAACACUCCGCCGCUGAGUACAUCAAUGGCCUCUCCGUGGCCAUUACGAAUCACCUUCGUCCUUCGCGAGUCUCCACGACAGAUCGGUUUCCGACGGCAGCUUUCCUGCGUCUGAUAUUCGGGCUGACGGUCGGGAUCACGAUGCCUGGGUUGCUGUGGUUCCAAGCCAUCUCUCUCGCAAGCGUCAGCGAUGUCACUGCGAUCUGGAAUGCCAACGCGUUUUUCGCGUAUCUGAUGACCUUCAACCUCAAAUGGGAGCCGCGAAGGCUUCUGGCCGUCAUUCUUGCUACUCUCGGCGUGCUUGUCGUUGUUUACGGAGGAAGUAGAGCUUCCAAUGCGGACUCGAUCUCUCGAUCUUCGUUCAAACCAAGCGCCCCGUUGGUCGGCGAUCUCCUGACGCUCAUCGCGUCGAUUGGUUACGCGUUGUACCAAGUUCUGUACAAGAGAUAUGCAGCACUGCCGACAGACCCCGAAUUGCUGGCCGAAUCGGCAUAUGAGCAUCUUCCUUCGGAAGAUCCAAUCGGCGACAAUCCCCACCCUCAGAUUCUGAUGUUGUUUCCCCACCUUUCGGGCUGCAUCCGAAUCUGCUCACUUCCGCAAUCGGGUUAUGCACCCUCGUGUUACUGGGAGGUUGCUUUCCCAUUUUGCACCAUCUUGAGGUUGAACGCUUUGUUCUUCCUCCGAACCUUGCGGUGACGCUGACCAUCGGAGGCAUCGCGCUGAGCGGUGUGGUGUUCAAUGCGGGCUUCAUGGUGCUCCUCGGUACUUGGGGUCCCAUCAUCACAUCUGUCGGAAACUUGUUGACAAUCGUGCUUGUUUUCAUUUCUGACAUUCUUUUUGGAGCGGGAAUGGAGGCCGUCACUCUCGGCGGUGUUGUUGGAUGUAGUGUGAUAGUGGCCGCGUUUGGCGUGUUAGUGUUUGACAUGAUAGAUCGCCCAUGAAUAGAGCUUG